AUGCAGGCGGGUGGAUGGGCUCUAUGUGCCUCCUGCAUGCCUCGCUCACCGAGUCGGUACUGGGCAGAUAUCUCCGACACCGUCAUCUCGGGGACCUUCCGGCAGUGGAAAGAGGGGACCACCAGAAGUGAGAUCUAUUAUCCAGGGGACACCAUCGUGCACCAGGCGGGAGAAGCCACAUCAGUACAGUGGAGCGCAGGCACCUGGAUGGUGGAGUACGGCCGGGGCUUCAUCCCUUCCACGCUCGCCUUUGCCCUGGCUGACACCCUCUUCAGCACUCAGGACUUUGUCACACUCUUCUACACCCUGCGCGUCUACGCCAAGGGCCUGCUCCUGGAAGCCAAUGCCUUCUUCAGCACCUUGGGCUGCUGAGCCCGGCUCGCCGGGAUGCCCUGCCAGGCACGGCUGGCUCCUCUCCUCCCAGCCUUCCUCCCUUUUCCUCCUCCCCGAGCCCCGGCUCUAGCAGAGGCAGCAGGAGACCCCCUGUGCCUCCCCCAAAUUGCUCUGUCCUUCCCCAUGGGCCAGCUGGGUGCCAGGACAAAGGGACCGUGGCGGUCACAGCAAUACAGAUGGCCAGUUCCCUUGA